AUGUUCACUCCUCAGCUUCUUGCGGUUGCUUUGGCACUCUUCGUCGUUGAGGGCGCCGAGGCACAGGUCGACAAUUGCGCACGUAAUUACACCGUUCACCUCGGCGACACGUGCAACAGCAUCGCGGACGCCCAGGGUGUAUCGACCUACCAGCUUCAGACCGUGAACAACGGGACUAUCACCCCCAACUGUGGGAACCUGGCCCUAGGCAUGCCGCUUUGUCUCGCCGUCGAGGGAGAAGAUUGCCAACCAGUGCACACUGUUGUCGACGGAGAUACCUGCACGGGUGUCGCGGAUGCGGCCGGUACGACCGUUGGCACGUUGGUCGCAAACAACCCAAACUUGGGCAGUGAUUGCACGGCUCUGUACCCGGGUCUUGUUGUCUGUGUUGACAAGGAUGUCGUAGUAUGA